AAACUCAAAAUGAUCCAUGCUUGCCGCACUUUCGAGUCCUGCCGCCUGAGCGCCCCAGCAGAGAAGGUAUGGGCGUUAAUUCGUCCCAUGUCAUUUUCCUGGUGGAAGCUGGUGGACAAGGUUGAAAGCACAAACGGAACUCCAGACCAGGUUGGAUCGCUGCAUGCUCUCAAGUACAAGGAUGGUCAAUCCAUCUCCAUCAACAUCAGGGAGCUGAGCGACAUUGAGCACUUCGUCACAUGGGAGGUUGUCUCCAGUGAUGAGGCGCUUCCGGUUUCGAGCACCAUCCACACAAUACGGGUCAGGAGGAUCACUGCGAGCAACGAGACCUUUGUGGAGUGGUCGACUGACUUCUCCUCUGAUGCCUCCGCUGAGGUGAUCCAAGACAGCAAGUUCAAGAAGCUCGAGGCGUUCAAGGACAUGGAGGCAGCGAUGAAAUAAAUUCGACGGGACUCCUCCUCUUGUAAUUAGACAAUGAUCGUUGUGGUUGAAGUGAAUUAGACGAGGACUUCAGUGAACAGGCCUAAACUUC